ACAAAAUGCCCUCCCCCACCCCCAUCCACUCCAAAAUCAACCUCCUCAUCACCAACCUAAUCAACAUCAAAGACACCACGGGUACAUUCCUCCUCCCUCUCUCGGACGGCCGCAUCAUCGACACCAAAUCCUGGGAUGGCUGGGAAUGGACCCACGGAAUCGGCCUCUACGGCAUCUGGAAAUACUACGAGAUGACUGGAUCCUCACAUCUACUCCAAAUCAUCGAGGACUGGUUCGCCGCUCGCUUCGCCGAGGGCGGCACCACCAAGAACAUCAACACCAUGGCGGUCUUCCUAACCCUGGCCUACGUGUACGAGAAAACCGGCAACGUGACAUAUCUCCCCUGGCUGGAUGCCUGGGCCGAAUGGGCCAUGUACGAGCUCCCGCGGACGAAAUACGGCGGGAUGCAACAUGUCACGUACGUGACGGAGAACUACCAACAGCUGUGGGAUGAUACGUUGAUGAUGACUGUGAUGCCGCUGGCCAAGAUCGGGAAGUUGUUGAAUCGGCCCGAGUAUAUUGCCGAGGCGAAGCGGCAGGUAUUGUUGCAUAUUCAGUAUUUGUUUGAUACGAAGACGGGGUUGUGGUUUCAUGGGUGGACGUGGGCGAGAGGGAAUAGUUGGGUGACGAUGGUGAUUCCGGAGUUUGUGGAGUUGUUGGAGUUGAAGGAGGGGGAUCCGAUUCGGGUGCAUUUGCUGGAUACGUUGGAGGCACAGUGUGAGGCCCUGCAGAGGGUGCAGGAGGAUGAUGGGUUUUGGCAUACUUUGCUGGAUCAUCCGGAUUCGUAUGUUGAGGCGUCGGCGACGGCGGGGUUCGCGUAUGGGAUUCUGAAGGCUGUGAGGAAGAGGUAUCUGCCUGUGAGGUAUCGGGGGGUGGCGGAGAAGGCUAUUCGGGCUGUGUUGGGGGCGGUGGAUGAGACGGGGGAGUUGCAGCAGACGAGUUUUGGGACGGGGAUGGGUGAUUGUUUGGAUUUUUAUAAGAGGAUUCCGUUGACGGCCAUGCCGUAUGGGCAGGCGAUGGCUAUUAUGGCGUUGGGGGAGUGGUUGAGGGGUGUUUGUAGGUGUGUGGUCAAGGCAAAUGUUGCUAUAGAAACCUCGUAUCAGUAA